CUUCAGGCCAGAGCGUGUCACACUUAGAAAAUACCCACAGUGUCAGGUACACAUUGCCGCCCGCAUACAACAGGAGCAACACAUCCCGAUAAAAUGUCCUCACAAAGGAAGAUGCUAAUAAUUGAUACAGACGGUGGUAUAGACGAUGCUCAGGCGAUCUUCAUGAUGUUGGACUCCACCGAGUAUGACGUCAUUGCCCUCACGUGCGUCAGGGGUAACAGCGGCGUGGAACAGGUUGUGUGCAACGUUCUGAAAAUACUCGGAGCCGCGGACAAAUUGAAUAUUCCAGUUUUUCCCGGUACCGCAUUUUCCAUUCUUGGCCAAAAAGAGAUAAAAAAUCCCUACCAAGGAGAUGACGGGUUAGGCGAUUGUCCGUCAAUAGAAGAACCGGAUGUCAGUAUUGUACAGAAAGAGGCAGCGACGGACGCAAUAAUCCGGUUAACGAAGGAACACCCAGGGGAGAUAACUCUGAUGUGUAUAGGCCCACUCACCAAUCUCGCGACGGCCCUGAAGAUGGACCCAGACUUCGGUAGCCGACUUAGAGACUGCUUUAUAAUGGGAGGCAACUACUACGGUAAAGGUAACAUAACAGUGAGCGCAGAGUUCAACUUCCACUCUGACCCGGAAGCAGCUUACAUAGCCCUGGAGCAGGUUCGAUGUCCCACGACACUGGUUGGUUGGGAAGUCUGUGAGGAAAACGGACCUACUUGGGAUCAGUAUUACGAACUGAGAAGAUUCCCUGGCAAACGGAACAAAUUCUUAAAGGCAGUUGAACAGAAACCUGUUGCCUAUUCUAUCGAGCAAGGCUGGAACUAUAUUCCAGCUGAUGAGUUCUUGGCAGCAUGUAUGUUGAGUCCGUCAGAGGUUGUCUUGGAAACUAAAGAGGUGUACGCAACUGUCGAACUUGGUGGGAAAUUUACCUAUGGACAAAUGGUGGUCGACUGGCACAAAGUACUCAAGAAAAAUCCUAAUUUAACUAUCGUUACCAAAAUCGAUAAAAAGGCUUUCUACUCGGUGCUUCUGAAUACUGCAAAGAACGGCCAUUAACGUGUAUAUGUUGUAGUAAAUUUACGGGUACAAUAAGAGUUUUCUUUUGAACGAGUACUUAGUUAUGACUUAACUAUAGGGAUUGGCAGGAAUUUCAAACCAUCGAAAUGGAAGAUAACUUAAACGUAUCGAGAUUAACCAGCGGCAUUUUUAUAUAGUAUACAGUAAACAGAGUUUGUUGACCAGAAUUGGCCAAUAUAAAAGAAUCACCAAAACCUUUUUGAACUUCACACCAUUUACCCAGAGAUGUAAUCAGCUGAUCCGAGAAGUAGGUACUCUUACCCUAAAGUCAUCAAUUAGGAUACUGACCGACAGUGUGGAAACUAUUGAAAUGUUCAUCCAAAUACUGACCAACGGCAAAUCAAAAAUUAUUUCAAAUCAUGUUUUCUUUAGGCAAACAUCACAGGCGUAUAGUAGAGUAGGGGCUAAUGUUUUUUUUCUAUCAAUUCUUACAAGAAGCAGACGCCUGUGGUAAAUGUCCACAUUUAAGAUGUUGUUUAACGGCGAGGUUUAUCACAAAGAAAUAAACCGUCGAAGCUUCA